UUCUUUUCGACCUUCCUCUCGCUUUCUCUCUCAGUCUCUCCGUCGCUUUCAUCCUCUCUCAACGCUAUUUCCUUCCAUUCUCUCCCCUCGCCACCAUUCGGUGCCGCCCUUAUCUCCGGAGUUUCUCAUUGUCUGAAAGGGCCAUCUGUCCCCCUCCCCCUCCUGAUUCUUUCUCGCCCUCCGCUUUCAUCCCCUUCGCUCCUUCUCGUUCGAACGCUGUGCACACAAAGGAGCUGACUCUUCUCUUCGCCGUUUGCCACCCUCUUCUCUCUACCCUUUCUCCGGCUGCUUUCUUUGUUCCUUCCGUCGUUCGAACGUUGCUUUGGGAUUGCCAACAUCGUCCUCGUCCUCAUCCUCGUGUUCUUUGUCGUCGUCUUUUGCCGCUUUUUUCUCCGCAUUCGAAAAGUUUCCUUCACAUUUCCUUCUAUCGGAGGAGAUCCACAAAGAAGCUGCACUAGUAAUUCCUAGAGGCGAAAUAGCGCGUUCGAUUUCUCCAAGCGAGAGGAGAGCAGGAUGAGAACGUUCGACGCCGUAAAUUGCGGUGUGCAGAGAAAAAGCGGGAAACGCGAGAUAGUGUGAAAGAGGACGCGGGUGGGGGAGAGAUUCUUUCUCGUGCGGUCGCAGCUUCUGCGCUUGUUCGACGAAUGAGAGAGAAAAAAAAAAAAAAUGUCAGACCGUUCCGUGCCGAGUCGAAUCGAGUCGAGUCGAGACGAGAUAUCGCUCGCAGCGGUCCACGUGCGACCUUGAGCGAGAUCGCAUUCACCCUCCGCACUUCGAGGGGUCGCAAUUCCCGAGCGGGGAAGCUCGUGAUCACGUGGUGCUCGGGGGUGGUUUUCACAGUCCACGUUUAUCCCGCUCUACCGACCGGACGAAAAGAGUGCGGAGCUCGUCGACGAACAAGAAAAUGAAGGUCGCGCAUAUUAUCGAGAUUUGUCGGGCGAUAAUGAACGGCGGCAUGGCCGGGCAGCACUACUGCCUGCGUUGGAACAACUACCAAUCGAAUAUGACGUCGGUGAUGCACCAGCUCCUGCAGACCGAGGCCUUCGUCGACGUCACCCUGGCGUGCAAUGAGGCCUCAUUAAAGGCGCACAAGGUGGUGUUGUCAGCUUGCAGCUCCUAUUUCCAGAAGCUCCUGCUAUCGAACCCUUGCAAACACCCGACAAUCAUCAUGCCGCAGGACGUCUGCUUCAACGACCUCAAGUUCAUCAUCGAGUUCGUCUACCGCGGCGAGAUCGACGUUUCGCAAGCGGAGCUUCAGUCGCUCUUGAAGACGGCCGACCAGCUAAAGAUCAAGGGCCUGUGCGAGGUGCCGGAGAACAGGGACGGUCCGCCACCCGUGAGUCUGAGCUCGCCGCCGAGAGAGUCCGGCACCCCGAGGUUGAACUACACGAAGCUGAAGAAGCACCAUCAGAGAUACAAGAGACCCAGAAUCGAGCGGCCCACAUUCGAGCCGCGUCCUACCGAUCCGAGACACUACGAUCGCUACAAAGAGGAAGAGGCUAACGAUUACAGCCGUGACAACAAAGAGAACCAUCGGGACUGGCAGGCUGAAGAUGAAGAGUGCACGGAGACAGCAACAGCAGCAGUAGCAUUGGAAACUUGCCAACGUAAUAAUAAUAACAAUAACAACAACAACGGUAACGGCACGAGUAACAACAGUGACAUGUUCUGUCACACAGGGCUAGGGCAUUAUGGCCACCAUCCGGAUCCCGGAGAGGUCGAUUUGCCCCCCGAGACUCAACCUACCCCACCCAGCGCCACCCUGGUCGGCACUACUAUCACCCACUUGAGGGAUCCGGAUCAUCAUUCUACAGAGAUUCAAAAUUGCGACAGCGUCAAGAUCAAGUUCGAAACGCUGCACACGAUGGACUCCUCGGACACGAUCGAUAUAGAUAGCCACAUGUCGGAUCGGGCGAGCGUAAGCUCGAAAAACGCCGCCGACAGCGACAACAUGAUGAUGAUAACACCGGAGCUGUUGGGACUGAUGCCAUCGGGAAGCUCCGGUCAGUCAGACUCGGGUGAGAAUAAUUCGAGGGGGCACAGUGGACAGUCCAGCUCGCACCAUCACGGUUCAAAGUCAUGGACGCAGGAGGACAUGGACGCGGCUUUAGAAGCGCUGAGGAAUCACAACAUGAGCCUGACAAAAGCUUCGGCAACAUUCGGUAUUCCCUCAACGACAUUAUGGCAACGGGCGCAUCGAUUGGGCAUCGAUACACCGAAGAAAGACGGCCCUACGAAAUCCUGGAGCGACGAGAGUUUGAACAAUGCCUUAGAAGCGUUGCGUACCGGUUCCAUUUCGGCUAACAAAGCGUCCAAAGCAUAUGGCAUACCUUCUAGCACGUUGUAUAAAAUCGCCAGGAGAGAAGGUAUCAGAUUGGCCGCACCGUUCAACGCGAGUCCCACUACCUGGACACCCUCCGAUCUGGAUCGCGCUUUAGAAGCAAUAAGAUCUGGUCAGACGUCCGUACAGAGAGCGUCAACCGAAUUCGGUAUACCUACGGGAACUCUUUACGGAAGAUGCAAGCGGGAAGGAAUCGAGCUUAGUAGAAGCAAUCCUACGCCAUGGAGCGAAGAUGCUAUGACUGAAGCUCUCGAGGCCGUCAGGUUAGGACACAUGAGCAUAAAUCAAGCGGCAAUCCAUUAUAAUCUGCCGUAUUCGUCACUAUACGGACGCUUCAAGAGGGGCAAAUACGAGGAACCCGUCGUCGGUGAUAUCUCGCAGGAUGGCACCAGUCCACAUUUCCAUCAGAGCCCUAACCAGAAUCACUCAUCCGCCCUUCCAGAUCAAAUGCCUUAUCCGGGCAGUUGAAACUUACCUCUUUACUAGAGUAUUAAGUUAACUUGCUCCGAACUUUUCAAUUCGCGGCAGCUCCUCAAACAAACAACUCUUUAAGCAAACACGCGCGGGCGGCAUUCUGAAAGAUUAGAUACCGAUCGAAAAGAGAAUGUCAUUACGAAAA